CCUGGUGCUGUCUUCAACAUCAUCGUUCGGCAAAGCGUUAGUAAGUUUCGGACGGAAGCGACAUAAAACGCAGUAGCGAGACCACAAAGACGACCGCGACGACUCCCUCGGACCAACGCAGGCCCAUCCCGCCGGGUAUGGAAGAAUGGACAACGAACAGCCACACCAGGAGCUGGUAAAGUGUGUCCUCGUGGGAGACACAGCCGUUGGCAAAACGCGGCUGAUUUGUGCCCGAGCCUGCAACAAACACGUUUCGCUGUCACAGCUGCUCAACACGCAUGUGCCAACCGUCUGGGCCAUUGACCAGUACCGGAUCUACAAGGAUGUUCUCGAGCGAUCGUGGGAAAUCGUGGACGGUGUCAACGUCUCGCUGCGUCUGUGGGACACCUUUGGCGAUCACGACAAGGAUCGACGGUUUGCGUACGGUCGGUCCGAUGUCGUACUGCUGUGCUUCUCGAUCGCGAAUCCGGUUUCGCUGCGGAACUGUCGUGCCAUGUGGUACCCGGAGAUACGGAAGUUCUGCCCGGACACACCCGUCAUACUGGUCGGGUGUAAGAACGAUCUGCGUUACAUGUACCGGGAUGAGACGUACCUGUCGUACUUCGACGAGCGGAGUCCUUUCGUGCGAGCCGCCCGGAAGUCCGAUUUGGUGAUGCCGGAUGAGGCCCGGGCUGUUGCGAAGGAGCUUGGAGUCGCGUACUACGAGACCAGCGUGUUCACGUACUUCGGCGUGAACGAGGUGUUUGAGAACGCGAUCCGGGCGGCACUGAUUGCGCGCCGUGAACAUCGCUUCUGGAUGACCAAUCUGAAGCGUGUUCAGCGGCCUUUGCUGCAGGCUCCGUUCCGGCCGCCGAAACCGCCGCCGCCGGAAGUAACCGUCAUUACCGGCACGCAUACGAAGGACAUGCUUAACAUGUUCAAUUCCCAGUGCUAUACAGAUCUAGUAUUAAUUGUCGGUACUAUCCGUUUUUCCGUACAUAGAUUUAUGUUAGCUAGUAGUUCUAAUGCAUUUCAUAGGUUACUAAUGAUGGACAUCAGCGACAUCGGUGCGCGAAGCAGCAGCGAGUCCAGCAUGGUCAGUUCGACUUUUGGCGAAUCGACUACGGCCGAUUUUAACGAGGACACGGAGUGUUUGAUUCGACUCGAGCAAAAUAAGGCUCCCAACCGCAUGUGGGAACAACUCAAGCGACGAUCCAGCUAUCAGGCAUUGCCAACGGUGGAGCCGAAGAAAGAUCUCUAUCGGGAGUUGCAUCAUCCCGUGUUUCAAAGUAUUAGAGUGUUCCAGGUGAGUGAGCUGCAUAACUACACGCAAACACAAACGAUGGUGCAGAUCAGCAAGGUAAUCACACCGCAAGCGAUGCAACAGUGCUUGAAAUUCAUCUACACCGGCACGAUCGAUCGCGAUUGCCUGGAUUUGCAGGAAAUACGACAGGCGGCCGAAUUCCUUGAACUGCCGCAGUUAAUGGAGCUUUUAUCUAACACGCAGGCGAACCAAAGUUUCAUGAACGACGAAACGAUCCAACAUUAUUCAACGUGCAUGAAGCAAAACUUGAAGAAAUAUUGUGUUCAGAACGGUAUCUUUGGUGAUAUCACAUUCGAGCUGGACGAUGGCCACAUGAAGGCGCACCGUGCCAUGCUAGUCGCGCGCUGUGAUGUAAUGAAGGCGAUGCUGAACGGCGACUUUCGUGAAGCUCACGCCAACUUGGUCGUACUUCCCGGUGUAACGGAAUACACCUUCCACAAGCUGUUGUGCUAUCUGUACACGGACGAAAUACCGGCCAUUUCGGCGGACAAAUGCCUCAAUCUGCUGGAGCUGGCGAACAGGCUGUGCUUGCCACGGCUGUUGAACUUGGUCGAAUGUCGCGUGAUCGAGGAUCUGUUGCGGAUGUCGCAGAACGAAACGAGCGAAGCAGUCGAGCACUGUCUACGUUUGUUGGAACCGGUGAAACUACACAAUGCGCACCAGCUGGCAGAAUGGUGUAUGUCGUACUUGUGUGUCAACUACAACAGCAUCUGUCGGGUAUCGCCGCGCAGCCUUAAGAGCCUACACCCAGACAAUCAGGACUACCUGCGGGAACACCGUUGGCCACCGGUCUGGUAUUUGAAGGACUAUGAUUUCUAUCAGCGCUGUAUGAACGAACUCAGCCGGGAGCUGAACAGUGGCAAAAAAGACUGCACUACUGACGAUAAGGGGUGUCUGUGUUUUUCGGGUGUGUUUUUAUGGCUACUAGGGAAAUCGAAACGAUCGGCUGCCACGGCUAAAUCGGCCAUCCAAGCGUCCGGUAAAGGAGCUGCCGCUAUUGCUGCUGCAGCCGCUGAUCAGCAAGACACAGUCAGUUCGAGCCUCUUCCAAUCAAACGCCAACUCAGUCAACCAGCUCGAUCCGGAACAUGACGCCGGUGAUCUUUGACAUCUGGCCGAUGGCCCAUGGAGAUCCCUCCGCUUUAUAGUCAUUUUGCCAGUGCUCAUCUGCUUCAUCUGCACAAUCCUCAGCAUCUUGAUCAUCUUCCAGAUUUACACAUAAUAUUUACUGCAAC